AUUGCUGGAGUCAGAGAAACAGCAUUGGCAUCGUGUUCUUGAAUGUCUAUUAUCUAUUGUUCAAUAUCUAUCAACAAACAAUCUUGCUUUUAGAGGAAGCGUUGAGAAAUUAUUCCAGCUCAAAAAUGGCAAUUUUUUGGGCCUUGUACAACUGCUAGGAAAAUGUGACACAGUUAUGAGUGAACAUCUCCAAAGAGUAACUGAAAAUGAAAUACAUGACCACUAUUUGGGACUAAGAAUUCAAAAUGAACUGAUCAUGCUAAUGAGUGAUAAAGUGAGAGACAAAAUUGUUUCAUUGGUUACUUUGGCAAAAUAUUUUGCCAUAAUUCUAGAUUGCACUCCGGACAUAAGUCAUCAAGAACAGAUGUCAUUAGUAGUGAGAUUUGUCGACAUUAGUGAUUCAGCACAGAUCACAGUUAAGGAAUCGUUUAUCACAUUUUUAGAAGUAGAGGACAUUACAGGUUUUGGACUUCUUCAAGCUCUCCUUGAUGAACUAAAACGAAUGGGAUUGUUCGUAAUUAACAUCAGAGGACAAAGCUAUGAUACUGGUGCCAAUAUGAGAGGAUGCAUUUCUGGUGUGCAAGCUAGAUUGCUGGCAGAAAAUCCACAAACCUUUUUUGUUCCAUGUGCAUGCCACAGCCUUAAUUUGAUUUUGCAUGAUAUGGCCAAGUCUUCUGUAGAAGCUAUAUCUUUUUUUGGUUUGCUGCAAUGCAUUUACGUGCUCUUUUCAGCUUCCACUCAACGAUGGCAAAUAUUCAAAGCACAAGUCAAUGAUAUUACCAUUAAGCCUCUAACUGCGACACGCUGGGAAAGCAGAGUAGAAAGUGCAAAAACAUUGAGAUACCAAUCUGAGGAAGUUUACGAAGCACUGGUUACUAUUUCGGAAGAAGCCAGAGAUCCAAAAGCUAGAAGUGAAGCACAGUCAUUGGCCUCUGAAAUAUCCAGCUUCAAGUUUCUAACAUCUGUUGUAAUCUGGUAUGACAUUCUUGUUAAAAUCUCAAGUGUAAGCAAAUUUUUAGUGAAAUACAGAGAAAAUGGAUUCAAAGAAGCACAGGUUACAGCAAGAGAGUUUGCACAGGCACGCGGUGUAGAACCAAAAUUUCCAUGUCUGAACGUGACACGAGUUUCAAGGAGAAAACGGCAAGUGGAAUAUGAAGGAGCAGAUGAGCCCAGACAAUCAAGAAAAGAAAUUUGA